UUCAAUUUAGCUUGCAAAGAUAAUCACACAUUUGAUGAUGAGUUGUGUGAUAAGCACUCCCUUGGUGCAUUAGCGUUUAAAAAUAACAAUAUAAUGAUGCUGUAUUGAUGCUAUAAUUGUAAGGUUCUACAUUGCGUAUUACUGGUCGACUGAAUAACUACAGCUAUGUGCUAUCUAUACCUCAAUAAAUGUGAAUUUACAGAACACUGAAUCAGUAAAAAAAUGGUACACCGAGUAACAAAAUCUACGUGGAAAGUAUUUGCUGUAAAUAAGCCGUUAACUCUAUUUUACAUACAUCUGACCUCAAAGACUGAAAAGAAACUGACAUAAUGAAUUCGACUUUUCUAUACACAUCUACCACUUCAAUUUUCCAAAACUAUACGAACAGGUAAGUAGUUUAAACUAAGUCACUUUCGUUGUAAUCCAUUUAUGAAAUUAUAAGUUUGAACAUAGUAACUGUUCUAUUUACUUUCGUCUUUUGAAUAUUUCUUAAUUCAUUGAGCCAUCGAAUUCGUAACCCUAUUGCAUAACACACCACCAUCUGACCGUUAUUGAUUCUAUUACUUUUGUAAAACAUACAUGUAUAUUAAAUUACAGUCCUGAUAAAAAUCUGAUUGAAAGGAAUUAGUUUUGCAGUUUUUUUCUUUUCACAACUUAUUCAUACAAAGUAAUAUAAUGUUCCCCAUCGCAGAGCUUUUAAUUAAUUUUUUUAUAGUUUAUAUUGACAGAGAAUCUUAUUAAAAUUACUGAUCAAUUAGUGAAGCACGAUUUAUAUUCGUAAAUUACUGUCUUUUUUCCUGAAUAAAAGCAUACAAAUAAGUUAUAUAUAUGCAAAACCAUCUUUAUAUAAUCUUUAUUCAAGUGCGCAAUUACAUAUUCAUAUGCAUGUAUCUUAUUACACAUACAUCCUACCAAUAUAUAAGCUGGUUAAUUCCAUUUCUCAUAAGUUAAAAUUGUUAUCAUUACCAAACUGGUUUACUAAUGGUAUUUUCAUCAUCGGUAAAGAUAAUUUUGACCCACUUGUUUUGCCUAAAUAUUAUUCUGUGUAUCAUAUCAUUGGCAAAAAAUAACAGAGUAACAGCACAACAUAAAAGCAUAGCAGAGAAAGUUUACAUUUCAUCUAGUUUAUUCGGACUACUGUUGUUAUUCGCUGCACUUAUUCUCUUCAUUUUAUCAAUAUUAACACCAUAUAAGAAAAAAUCUAUAUUAUUAGUGUCUGUAACAAUAUGUACUGUAUUAUCAGUUUUUUGCUUUCUUAUGUCAUUUGUCAUUCAUUAUUCGCAAUGGAAUAGUGAUUUUAAAAAAUAUUCAAUAUCUGCUAUGAAUCCAGCUGCAUGGCAUUUUGCACUAUUUUGGUUAUGUAUUGUUGCACUUGCUUUAUGUAUUAUAAUAACUUGUGAAAACCAAUUAUCAGGAUGA